AUGUCGGACCGGACCGGGACCGAGACCGUGGUGCAAAGCAGCACGAUCCAGGCAACGAAAGACCUGACGAGCGUGAGCACCUUCCUGGGGAGGUCGUGGAAGGCAUACGCCACGGCCGUGUUCAUGCAGAAUAAUUUCAAUAACGUGAUCGAUCCGAGGGGGUGGAGGCCCUUCGACACAACACCGGACACGGUUUUCUUAGCAGAGUAUGGAAACCGAGGGAGUAGCAGCGCCAGGACUGGGGGUCGGGUGAAGUGGAAGGGAGUGAGGGUUAGUCUUAGCUUGGCGGAGGCGAGAGGCUUCACGGUCGGCUCUUUUAUACAAGGGAAAGAGUGGCUGCCGGCAACACAAUUAUAG